CUAGACAUUUGCUUAAAAGGCGUGUCUUAAUCCUUGUUUAAAAAGUUACUCAAAUCUACAUCUUAUUUACAGAAUGCUAAAUCACUUUUUUGCUUUUCCUCGCUGUACUUUCUUUCGGUUUCAUACAUCAAUAACAACACAGGUACGCGCUGAAAAGUUUGGAAAGAUUCCAGGUAAAAAGUGCUGGGGGAAGUUUACUUGUGCAGCAGUGGGGAGUUUUAUCAGCUGUAGAGAAUCUGUUGCAGUUGCUUUCAGGCGGCAGGGGAGGGGCACAGUCCACACAGUGCAGCCUCUUCAAAUAGAUUAGAAGCUGGCGUUUACGCACCAGACAGCGAUGUGAUGUGUGCCAGUCUGCGCUCCACACGCUGAGACGCUGCUCAAGGAAUUGUUUCAUCCGUUUCUCUUUGCUCUCCAUUUGUGUCACCAAAUCCCCUCAAGAUGCCUUCAAAUCAGAAACUACAAGGUGGAAAAGCAUUCGGACUAUUAAAAGCCCAGCAACGAGACCGGUUAGAAGAAAUCAACAAGGAGUUUCUUGAAGACCAGAAGUUUAGCGAUGAAGAGGACCUUGCAGAAAAGCUGGACUCUUUCAAAAGCAAAUAUGUUGAAUUUGACCUGAACGAUCAGGGGGAGAUUGACAUGAUGGCCCUGAAGAGAAUGAUGGAGAAGCUGGGGGUCCCGAAAACCCACCUGGAAAUGAAGAAGAUGAUCUCAGAGGUGACAGGAGGGUGCAGCGAGACCAUCAGCUACCGUGACUUUGUGAAAAUGAUGCUGGGGAAGCGAUCUGCUGUCCUGAAACUAGUAAUGCUAUUCGAAGACAAGGCCAACGGAAGCAGUUUGAAGCCAGUCGGACCCCCUCCUAAGAGAGACAUCACAAGCCUCCCCUAAAGGAUUCCAGAGAGAAGGGGAACAUGGACCGUCCCGAACGGAGUCCCACAGUGUUUUUAUAUAGGUUUGUAAGUAGAGCCGGGCCCCCAGUCAGGCAUCAGCUGUGGGGGCUGUGAUCAAGCCAGGGUGCAUUUGGGUGCUAAAAGCCUGCAGUGUGCAGAGCAGGACCUCAGCUGUCAAGGGACGCCUCUCCAGAUUUUAAUUAUGGUGCUAUCCUUACAGCGGCUUUUAAAAAGUACAGUACCAAAUGACAAGAAACUGUGUGGUUUUAGGCGAGGUCAUGUGUUUUGUCAGGAUUACAUAGUUUUUGCCACUGGGUACUUUUUAAAAAACGUUUCUGCGCCAUAGUUGAAAUUUAAUCUUAGGGUUAGUAGUAAAAUAUAUUUUUUAAACACUGCAAAGUAAAACAUUUAAUAAAUGCUGUAUAUAUCUUUUUUUUUUUUUUUAAUUAAUGGAUACACUCUUGCUAAUGCCCUAGUCCUUGUCAUAACCCCCUUCCCAAUCUCAUAUUUAUUAUAACAUUAACACUCAUUCUAGUCGCACCUUCCACCCAAUUCUGGCCAAAAUCAAAUGUGUGGUCCUGUGAGGCAUUCACAAGAGUGGAUCAAGUAAGGGCAUUACCCUGUAUAGAAACACAUGAGGCAGGUUUGUGAAAAUGAUGCAUAACUGUGUAGUUUAAGUCAAAUCCCAUUACCCCCUACCCAUUCACAGUGUCUAUUGCAUAUCAGGUAGCAAUGCCAGCUGAAUCAGACGAACACAGAGCCGAGGUCUAAUCUACUAAACAAGUAAAACCUGCUGUUAUUCAUUAUACCUGCUCAUUUCAGGCUGGAACACAACCCCCACUCCCCCCCCCCCCCCCCCCCCCCCUCCUACACUUGUAUUGAUUUAAUAGAUGGAUCUGCUGUAGGUCUGCCAUUGCAUAUUCGUAUGGGCUAUUUCAUCCUUUAUUAUGAGCCCACAGUAAUGGAAGUGAGCUUUUGUUACCGAUAAAGUGUGAUUUAAUAAUAACUCAUAGUAAAACCUGGAACAGCCAACACUGGUGUGCAGCGGAAGGCCAUAGCUGGAUUAUAAAGUAAGGUAACUCUAAACAGCUUAAUGCAGGUGGCAUUCUAAAGCAAUACUUGUAACUAUAUUAAGAAUUACUCGUGGUCUGUGGGUUACAAUUAGAGUUAAUGUAUGGUUUUGUUAUUUUAAAAUAAAGGCACAUGUUAAUACACAGGGUCAGUAAAUCAGCCCUGGGGAUCAACCCCAGCUGUAUCAAUACAGAGAAAGUGAAUUGGCAUUGAUACCCGUCACUCUUUGAGCAGUUAAUGUAAAAACAAAACUAAUAUUACAGUUAUCGAAACUCCAGUAGACAAACUUCCACUGAUGAAGACGCCAGCUGAAACGUUUGUCUGCUUGUUUUAGUUUCACAUGCAUUUUACCGAAAUAUUGCAGAGUUGUGAAAAAAUCAAUUUAAAAAAAUUGCUUUUUUAAGUGCCUCGGAGUAAAUGUCCUCAUUUUAAAAGGCGAGGUAGGGAGACAUGCUGUAGAGAUGACACAGUGGAAGACCCACCUUGAGUCUUUGUAUUGAUGUGUGAAGCCAUCCCUAUUACACAGUAGUGUGUUGUGUUUAAAUUGUGGUAACAAUGUACUGACGUACUUAAGCUCUUGUUUAAUUAAAGGGGGAAGUAGAAAAUUAAACAAUUCUAUUAAUUCUGCCUGUUACAUACUGACGGUCUCACAAGAAGACAAUGUUAUUCCAAACACUUCUUUUUUCAUGUAUCCAUGGUGCCAAGCCAGGUUAGAGAAAGCUCUCUGAUGGCUCGCUUUGGUUUCAGAUACCUGUAGGUCUUUUGGAGUCAAAGUAUGAGUCUUUUAAGGAAAUUUCUUCCCUUCACUGGGAGAGUUAAACUCUCCAGGUGAAAGGACCCUGGAACUGCAUACAGUAUGUAACAGAGUACCGGCAUACAAACUGAAAACUGUCUGUCAUGUUUUUAUUUGCUGUAGCAUAAGGGAAUGAUUUAAUGCUCUGUAUACCAGGCCAUCAGUAUUUCUUUCCAUGAGCCUGGUCAACAUGUUUUGGGACAACUACAUUUAUUGCAGUUAUUUAGCAAUACCAUAGGGGCACAUUUUUAAGGCUGACUGUUCAUAUUAAAAACAGAACUGUCUGUGUGCACUAGGCUUUGUAAACCCUCAGGAUAGAUAAAGACUAGUGGGGACCUUCCAACUACUUUUAAGCAAAGCAAAAGUGAUUUUUAACUGAUCUGUUGUACAGUAUACAAUGAACACUAUUUUAUGUGGAAGUAGCUGUAUUAUACUGUUAUGUUCUCAUUUAUAUUUAAAUGUGUCAAGUAAACCAUUUAUGUGUUCACUGCUUUCUGAUUAGAGAUUUGUUUUGUUUAUUUAAAAAUUGGUCUGUGCCGGAUUUUCUUUUACUAAAGUGGGUUUUUUUUUGUUUUUUUAUUUAAUCAGCGUUGCUUUUUUAAAAAUGUUUGUAUCUGUAUAAAUGCAAAAGCUGACAAACACCAAAGGAAUAAAGUUUAAACUGAAAAGAAAA